AGAUAGGAGCGGAGCUGGUCCUGAUGUCUGUACACUGAGCAGAUUAAUCUUCUGUAAAUAUGAAUUUGGCAAGGAACUGCGCUGUGUAUCCGAGCGUGUACAGCUCAUGUCAUCAGAUUUUGUUUUGUUCGCUGUCAGUUUAAUCGCUCGUCGCCUUUCCAGUGAAAAGUUGCAGCUCAAACUGUGAGCGGCCCAUCAUGAAUAACCGGUGUUAUGGAUGUGCUUCAAAGUUCACUCUCUUCAAAAAAGAGGUGGGCUGCAAAGGCUGUGGGCACUCGUUCUGUUCUGGCUGUCUGACGUACAACGCUUUAGUGCCCCGCUUUGGCAACACCCAGCAGAAGGUGUGCAGGCAGUGCCACGGUAACCUCACAAGUGGUGGAAAACAGAAUGAUGCUGCGAGAUGGUCUCCACCUGAAAACUACAAAAAGCGAGUUGCUGCUCUUGAAGCCAAACAAACUCGGAAUGAGCCUUUAAGGCAGGGAAGUGGAAAGAACAGCACACCAGCUCUUACGUCAACCAAAGGUUUAAGUAAGGAGGACAGAGUUAUUGCUGAAAGGCUCCAGAAGCUAAAGGAAGAAACAAAGCCAAAGUCCAUACCGUCUGAGAAGGACAUUGAGUCUCGUCUUGCUGCUUUGAAAGCACCAAUCCAGCCAGUGCCUUCAGCUAGAGAGAUGGAAGACCGUUUGGCUGCCUUGCAGGGAAGACCUCCUCCUUCCCAAGCUCCGCCUCCAGUUCACCAGCCACCUGAUACCAGGACUCAGACUGAACAGGCCAAUGACUUACUCACACAGAUGACAGAGGAAGUUGCCAUUGACAACCAACCAUCUCCAGAGGCUAAUAAUUCAGAGGGUCCAGUCAAUUCUCUAAAUGAUCUCAACAAGUACGAGACCGGGACAGUGGAUGAGAAUCUGGACGAUGAGCAGCUGUCACUCAAGCGGAUGGAGGAGGAGAAGAGUCGUCUGCUGGCUGAGGCCAUGGAGGAGCUGAAGCAUGAGGACCACAGCCAGGAGCAGCUUCUGCAGAUGGCCAAGAGGCUGGCAAUACUGCAGGGACGAGACCCAGACAAAGUCACCAUGACAGACUUCCAGCAACCUGACAGCGAUGAAGAGACAGAGGAGGAAGCAAUCAGCAGAGUUUUAAAAAGGCUGUCAGAAGAGGCUGCUUUAGAUGAGGCCAGUGGAUAUAACAUCCCUCCAGAGCGUAGCGGCCCUGAAAAUAAGGAACCAUCUAAACCCAAGUCCAAGAAGAAGCAGGGCCCAGCUCAGUCAUCUAAAUCCAAACCUCCGGCGACCGCCUCCGUGAGACAGGGCUCAGACAGUGAGGAUGAUGAUGAGGAAGAGCUGCCAUGGUGCUGCAUCUGUAAUCAGGAUGCCACCAUUCGAUGCCACACAUGUGACAGGGACCUGUACUGCAACCGCUGCUUUAGGGAAGGCCAUGACAAGUAUGACAGAAAAGAGCACCAUACAUCCAGUUACACUGCACCCAAGAAAGCCAAGAAAAAGACAUGACUGUAGUUACUGUGUUAUUGUCUGUGCUCAACAGUGAUACUGUUUCAGACAGUCAGCUUUGAAUGCAGUUUCUCAUUGAAAGACUAGCCAGUGAGGCUGUUAAUUUACUUAAAUAUCUAAACAUUGUUGCUAAAAGUGUCAAAAGUAUUUCAGAAUCAUCUAGCAACUUUCAAAAGUACUGAUAUAAUGAUCCUUGGAGUAACAUAGUCAUCAGUAAUGUUUAGUAUGUAACAGUAGCUCAGCAACACUAAAGGGUUCAUUGGUGAUACCGCAUCUGUGAUGUUGGUCUGUGGGUUAUAAUGUGUCUCUAUGAUUAAAAAAUAAAAUGAAUAAACCAAAA